UCCUACCCCAAGGUAACGCGCCCAAAAAGAAGUCCGUGUGGUGUAAUCGUUGCGUGUAGAUGAAUCACUGUUGGCUGCAUUUAUGGGUUGUCAACGGUUUUAUUUGGAAAGGAGCUACGAAAGUCCAUUUGAGUCCACACAUACAGGCAAUUCCAAACGAUGACAUAAGUCAUUCAGGUAUUCCUCGAUGUUAAAUGUGCAGUGUUAUCAGGUGAAAUUUGUGAGAUUCGCGUUUAUGACUCUGAAGGAGGCACCUCCAAAUUCUCCGCCCGAAUCACAGACCGUAAGAAUGGAUUUGCCAACAUACUGCUCGAUAAAAAUGCACAAGAAACCCUACAAACCGCAUCAACCUUGGUGCUGCAGCUAGAAGCUUUUGACUGCGACGCGCCUCCCCAUGUUUCUGAAAGAGUUCCUCUCAUAAUACAUGUUAUCAAACAGGAAGGACCAGUCUUCGAUCAGCCCAGUUACAUGUUCACGGUCAGCCAGCAAAGUUACAAAGGUACAGUAGUGGGCACUGUACAGGCUAUCCAACAACUCAAAGAGAAUGAAGAUGCUGUGGCCUCUGCAAUAUGUAGCUAUCAAAUCCAACCGUUGGAGGCCCCAUUUUCUAUCGAUCGUUAUGUUCCUCUCAUAAUACAUGUUAUCAAACAGGAAGGACCAGUCUUCGAUCAGCCCAGUUACAUGUUCACGGUCAGCCAGCAAAGUUACAAAGGUACAGUAGUGGGCACUGUACAGGCUAUCCAACAACUCAAAGAGAAUGAAGAUGCUGUGGCCUCUGCAAUAUGUAGCUAUCAAAUCCAACCGUUGGAGGCCCCAUUUUCUAUCGAUCGUUAU